AGGCCAGAAAGUGAGAGAACGAAAGAAAAGAGAACGAGAAAGAGAGAGAGAGUUACUCAUGUGAUGUUGGGUGCUUGUUGAGUUGAGCUUCUUCUUUUUGGCUGUUGAUUAUAUUUAUUUUGUUUUGGUGUUGCUUGUUUGAGUGAUUUUCGUUAUCAAGGCCUAUCAAAGCCAAGAGAAAGGAAAGAAAAAGAGAAAAAACUGAGGAAAGUGGUCAUUUUGGAGAUCUGGGUUUCUCAGCUUUAAGGGAAAAAAUGAUGAGGUUUCAUUACCAGAGUCAUUGUUAUCAGCCUUUUAGAAGAGAAGUAAUUGCUGGGUUAUUUGUGUUGCUUUUCCCAGUUUUUUUGCCUUGUUUGUUUACUCCAUUCAGCCAUGCUUCCCCUUCUACAUUCUCGGAGUGGAAUGUUCCGAAACCUAGACAUUUACCUUUACUCAGGAGUGCCUUACAACGUGAAAAUUCCAAUGGAGAGCAGUCUGAUCUCUGGGCUCCUUUGGCUGACCAAGGGUGGAGACCGUGUCUUGAAUGUGUAAUUGCCCCUUCAUUGCCACAGAAAUCUGAAGGAUAUCUGCAGGUAUUUCUUGAUGGGGGACUGAACCAGCAAAGAAUGGGGAUAUGUGAUGCUGUUGCUGUUGCUAAAAUACUGAAUGCAACACUUGUGAUCCCGCAUCUUGAAGUAAAUCCUGUUUGGCAAGAUUCAAGCACAUUCAUGGAUAUAUUUGAUGUGGAUCACUUUAUUAAUGUAUUGAAGGAUGACAUUUCAAUUGUCAAAGAACUGCCUGAUGAAUUCUCCUGGAGCACAAGAGAGUAUUAUGCCACUGCUAUUCGAGCCACCAGAAUUAAAAGAGCACCUGUUCAUGCAUCUGCAAACUGGUAUCUUGAGAAUGUCUUGCCUGUACUAGAAAGUUAUGGGAUUGCUGCAAUUUCUCCAUUCUCUCACCGCUUGUCUUUUGACAACUUGCCAAGUGAGAUCCAGAAACUACGUUGUAAAGUCAACUUUAAAGCAUUAGUCUUUGUUCCGCACAUUAGAGCACUUGGAGAUGCCCUUGUCCAUCGCCUCAGGUAUCCUCCUGGUGAAAGUGAAGCACUUAGCACUAACUAUCUCAGGGAGACCACCGAUCAAAAUGACAAACGAAGGCCGCAGAAAUUUGUUGUGGUACACCUUCGGUUUGAUAAGGAUAUGGCUGCCCAUUCAGCCUGUGAUUUUGGUGGGGGCAAAGCUGAAAAAUUGGCUCUGGCCAAGUACCGACAAACAAUUUGGCAAGGAAGGGUUCUCAAUUCUCAGUUUACUGAUGAAGAGUUGAGAAGUCAGGGGCGUUGCCCAUUGACUCCUGAAGAAAUUGGACUGCUUCUAGCAGCUUUGGGUUUUGACAAUAGUACCCGUCUUUAUCUUGCCUCCCACAAGGUAUAUGGUGGGGAAGCUAGGAUUUCCACCCUUCGAGAGCUGUUCCCACUGAUGGAAGACAAAAAGAGCCUUGCCUCUUCAGAGGAGAGGGUCCAUAUAAAAGGAAAGGCUUCUUUGUUAGCUGCAGUUGAUUACUAUGUUGGUAUGCAUAGUGACAUCUUUGUCUCAGCUUCUCCUGGGAAUAUGCACAAUGCUUUGAUGGGACAUCGAACUUUUGAGAACCUGAAGACCAUAAAGCCUAAUAUGGCUCUCUUGGGCCAACUCUUCCUUAACAAAAGCAUUAGUUGGUCAGAAUUCCGGCAGGCAGUGGUGGAAGGGCAUCAAAACAGGCAGGGGCAACUCAAGUUAAGGAAACCAAAACAGUCCAUAUAUACAUACCCUGCACCUGAUUGCAUGUGCCAAGCUUAAGCCAUAAAAGAGGGCGUGCUGAAGGAAGUGAGAGUACCUUCUGUUUUUUAUUGAUUUUAAUACUGCAGCUAUUAUUUUUGGCUUGUACUAUUGGCAUCAUAAAUAAGCAGCGACCCCAUUUAUCCGCUAAGAUAAAAAGUGGUACAGCUAGCGUUGUUAGUUGGUAUUGUGUAGUGUAUGGACGGUGGUAAUUUAUAUCGAGAGUGGGGUUGUUAGCAUCAAGUUCAUUGUGGAUCCUAUGAGUAUGGACUGUGGAGUGGAGUAUGUGACGUAUAGUUGGCAGAUCUGGAAUGUAUUUGUUGCAUAUCUCUGCCUGUGAAGCUGUCUGUACAACCUUUCUCAUGUCAAUAUCAAACAUCUAGCCCUCGCUAAGAGAUUUGAGUUUUUCCUUGGCAGUUGGCAGGCACUAUAUCUAAUUCAAUAUACUCGUAUUUUUUAA